AAGUUCAAAAAAGGGGGGGGAUUGUCAUCUCCUUUGGGGUGCGAUGGCUUCAAACCCAAGGUCUCCUGAGGCUCUUCGGGUGGUGAGAAUGUACAAAGAGGCCUCUGGGAGAAUCCCAAGUCUGCUAUGCAGUCUUGCCGCCCGAAGAGCUCCUUGCCCUCAACUCCAAAGCCUGAGGCCUGAGGUCAGAGGAUUCUAGACAGCUCAGCCGGGCAGCCCAGGAGGGGGCGGGGUCCCGUGACGGGGGCGGGAAGAGGGAAGGACCAGGAGAAGGACCAACCCCCGUCGGGCCCGGUACCAGGAAGCGCUGGGGGGAAAGGAGCUGAGUUGAGACCAGCCAGGAUGGUGGUGCCUUCCUUGAAGCUUCAAGAUCUAAUCGAGGAAAUUCGUGGGGCCAAGACCCAGGCCCAGGAGCGGGAGGUGAUCCAGAAGGAGUGCGCCCACAUCCGCGCCUCCUUCCGCGAUGGGGACCCUCUGCACAGGCACCGCCAGCUGGCCAAACUGCUCUACGUCCACAUGUUGGGCUACCCCGCCCACUUUGGACAGAUGGAGUGCCUGAAACUGAUCGCCUCCCCCAGAUUCACAGACAAGAGGGUGGGCUACCUGGGGGCCAUGCUUCUGCUGGAUGAGAGGCAGGAUGCCCACCUGCUCAUUACCAACAGCAUCAAGAAUGACCUGAGCCAGGGGAUUCAUGCAGUACAAGGCCUGGCCCUGUGCACUCUGAGCACUGUGGGCUCUGCUGACAUGUGCCGGGACCUGGCCACUGAGGUGGAGAAACUGCUCCUGCAGCCAGGCCCCUACGUGCGCAAGAAGGCUGUUCUGACCGCCGUGCACAUGAUCCGGAAGGUCCCUGAGCUCUCUAACAUCUUCCUCCCACCCUGUGCCCAACUGCUUCAUGAACGCCACCACGGUGGUGCCCCAGCUGGUGCAGAUCCUCUGGACUCUGGUGACGUCGGGAUACUCCGCAGAGCACAGUAUAUCUGGAGUCAGCGACCCCUUUCUGCAGGUCCAGAUACUUCGUCUGCUUCGGAUCCUGGGCCGGAACCAUGAAGAAAGCAGUGAGACCAUGAAUGACUUGCUGGCCCAGGUGGCCACUAACACAGACACCAGCCGAAAUGCGGGCAACGCAGUCCUAUUUGAGACAGUGCUGACCAUCAUGGACAUCCGCUCUGUAGCCGGCCUCCGGGUCCUGGCUGUCAACAUUCUCGGCCGCUUUCUGCUCAACAGUGACAGGAACAUUAGGUAUGUGGCGCUGAUGUCGUUGCUGCAUGUGGUACAGUCUGACCACAGUGCUGUGCAGCGGCACCGGCCCACUGUGGUGGAGUGUCUGCGGGAACCUGACGCCUCCCUUAGCCGGCGGGCCCUGCAACUGAGUCUGGCUCUGGUGAAUAGCUCCAAUGUGCGAGCCAUGACGCAAGAGCUGCAGAGCUUUCUGGAAUCCUGCCCCCCUGAUCUGCGGGCCGACUGUGCCUCAGGCAUCCUGCUGGCAGCAGAGAGGUUUGCCCCAACCAAGCGGUGGCAUAUAGAUACCAUCCUGCGUGUGCUGACAACGGCAGGCACCCAUGUACGGGAUGAUGCAGUGGCCAACCUGACCCAGCUGAUUGGGGGUGCCCAGGAGCUCCAUGCCUACUCCGUGCGCCGCCUCUACAGUGCCCUGGCAGAGGACAUAUCCCAACAACCACUGGUGCAAGUGGCAGCCUGGUGCAUUGGAGAAUAUGGGGACCUCCUGCUGGAGGGGAGCUGUGAGGAAACCGAGCCCCUUCAGGUGGAGGAAGAGGAGGUGUUGGCACUGUUGGAGAAGGUGCUGCAGUCCCAUAUGUCCCUGCCAGCCACCAGAGGCUAUGCGCUGACAGCCCUCAUGAAGCUCAGCACCCGGCUCCGUGGGGACAACAACCGCAUCCGCCAGGUGGUGUCUGUCUACGGGAGCUGCCUGGAUGUGGAGCUGCAGCAGCGGGCCAUCGAGUACAACGCACUCUUCCAGAAGUACGACUACAUGAGGGCUGCCAUCCUGGAAAAGAUGCCUCUUGUGGAGCGAGGUGGUACCCAGGAUGAGGAAGCAAAGGAAAACAAAGAAGCCCAGCAUUCGGAAGCAGCCCUUGUGCCCACAGAGCCGCAGGCCUCCAAGCUCUUGGAUCUGUUAGAUCUCCUGGAUGGCACUUCUGGGGCUGCCCAGCCCCCACCCUCCUCAGAAGGCUCUUUAGUACACCUUCUUGACCUGCCCUAUGUGUCUCCAGCCCCAGCUUCCAUCCCAAAUCUCAAAGUGUUUGAGCGUGAAGGACUGCAGCUGAAUCUGUCUUUUGUUCGACCCCCUGGAACCCCUGCUUUGCUCUUAAUCACAGUCACUGCCAUCAACACCUCAGGGGCUGAUGUCACCCACUUCGUCUGCCAGGCUGCUGUGCCCAAGAGUUUCCAGCUGCAGCUCCAGGCCCCCAGUGGGGACACAGUUCCAGCUCAGGGUGGCCUUCCCGUGACCCAGCUUCUCAGAAUCCUCAAUCCUAACAAGGCCCCCUUGAGGCUGAAGCUGCGCCUCACCUACAACCACUUUGGCCAGUCCGUGCAGGAGAUCUUUGAGGUGAACAACUUGCCCGUGGACACGUGGCAGUAACACCCUCCAUGCAGUCUGAAAUCCUCCUGUGUCCCAACACCCCAGGGUCUCAGCCACUUGGCGCCUCUACCUGACAGCGACCAGCAGGUGGUGCUCUGGUCCUGCAUUUGCCUCUGCAAAAAAGGGGGGGGGGUGGGGGGUGCUGUCCCCUUACUUCCCACAAAUAAUGAAAGUCCAAUAAAUCCUGAGGGGAAAAGCCA